CUACAUCAUUUAAUCUUUCGGUCUUACUGAGCAGACAUCUUGAUGUUAUUUGUAUCUUGUGGAGGAGACAUUCACAAAUCUGAUCUAUAUAAUAAUAAGAUUCAGAGGUCGUCUUAAGAAAAUGAACAUUAUGGGUGUUCAGUCUGUGCUCUCCAUCCUGCUGCUCGUAGCUACUGUGAAAGCUGAUAAAGGCAAUGUUGAAUUCUGGAGGGAAGAAUUCACAAUGACCUGUCCAGGAAACGGGACAUGGUUCAAGCAUAGUGGGGAAAAAGACCCACCUAAGGUGGCAGAGCCAAACCCUACAUACAGCAUCGAGUAUAAUAGUGAUAACAAAGGCUUAUACUCCUGUCAAUAUGAAAAUGACAUCGACCUCGAAGACCCCCCCACCACCACCACCAAAAACAAAUAUUAUUUCUACGUGAAAGGAAAGGUAUGUGCAAAUUGUUUUGAGGUGGACGCGACUCUGUUUGCGCUGGUCAUCAUUGUGGACGUGGUCGGGACAGCAUUUGUGAUGAUCAUAAUCUACACUUACACCAAGAGAAAAAGCCCAGGUGGACCCACGCACUCUUCUAAAGCACCUGCUCGUCCAGGAGGCCAGGGUCCACCUGUCCCACCUCAAGACUAUGAGCAACUGAACCCUCGCACUCGCUCCCAUGACACUUACUCUAUAGUGAACAGGACGGGAUAGAGUCGAGUCAGCUGACCGCGCCACAUCACUGGUUUACAGGCUGCAGGGACAAAGGCAAACAUUCACAAAAGCCACACAAGAGCAAACAUCAUGCUCCCUGUAGCAUCCAAACACUGGCUUUUGGUUCCAAGGAUUUCAAGAGUUCACAAAAAUGGCAAAAAGAAGAAUUUUCCCACUUAGCCCUGGUAUUACCUCACCAGGUGAAGUAGUUUAGGUUUCAACUGUGCAGGUAUUCUGCCGCCAACACAGUACAACAGUGCUGAAUGGAAAUUAGUUUGUUGUGCUCACAGUAUUUAAAAAUUACAUUGAAAAUCUACUCAUCUAUGAAAACUAUUGAGUUGUUUAUGUAUGUUUCUGUAGAUCAGUAAUUCCCAAACUGGAGGCACGUCUGCAGUUACCAAGAAAUACUGUGUUGCUCAGCUAAUUUGAAAACAUAGAAAUCAUGAUUUCAUAAUAUAAUAUAAUAUUGUAAAUCCACAUAUUUUUGUUUAGGAAGGAAAAUAAAUGUGCAAAUACUGUAUUAUUACAAAUUGGUGUGAUGUCAGUCUUAAGUGUAUUUAUUGUAACAAUAAUCUAUCGUAGUCUGACAGUUUUCUAUUGAAUCAGUUGUAAUAACUUGACAUGAAGUGCUGCGAUCGAGAGUGCAUGAAAACUAGUAAACAAAAUGCAGAUAAAAAGCUAAACGUAACACGGCAGCUACGGAAUCAUUGUGUCCGCUGGUUUCUUUGCCGUGAGAUGCAACUGAACGAUUCCUUAAAGGCAUCACAUCCAUAUGUAUUAAUAUAAAUGUUGGCAGAUAGUACAGUAGAAAUCAUAACUUUUUCAUUUGUCGCAUGUCAGUUUGAAUAGAGAGAUAUAUAUGUUUUCUGUACAUACACUCAGUUGACAGUUUAUUAGGAACACCUAGCCGAAACUAAUGCAGUCUAAUCCAACAGUCCUGCAAUAAAUGCUCCGUCAAGGAGGUUAUAAUGUCACUUCAACCUUAUGGUCAUUUUGGAGGCUGCCAUUUGUGGGACUGUUGACCUGUAUUGCGUUGCAGGUGUUUCUAUUAUUUUGUCCAACCAUUUAUAUAAGUGAAGGUAGGUUAAAUAACAGAAACACCUGUGGGUGUAAUGCGAAGUAGCCAGCGCAGCACAGAUUAGAUCCUCCACAAUGAUUAUAUGUAAAUUUCUAUGUCAUUGUACGUUUUGAUUUAUUACACUGUAAAAAUGUUUUUUUAUCAAUCAUGUAAAAUGUGUCUGUCCCAAUUUAUUUUGCUUUUUUAUUCUCAGUUGUGUUUUUUUUUUUUUUUACUGUAACGGGCACAAGAUGUGUCACUAAUAAAUAUAACACAGUCAACAAUGGUCUCAUUUGUCACCUCUGUGCUCACACUUGGAAACAAUACUGAGGUGCUUCUACAGAUAUAAGUUCAUGAGGUGACCACAGCUCAUAUCCGCAGCACACCCACAAACACAGUUACCAUCAAUACAUCUUCAUCAGUCAGGUCUCAUUUGUAUGAAUAAUAUGCCAUUCUGUGUUUGGAAAUAUCUGACAUAUCUCUGAAGCAUUUCACAAUGCUUACACAUAUAUUUCAUACAGUUUGACACAAUG